AUGUGGAGUACGAGCGGGGAGUUAGGCAGACAGUGGAGUGCAAGCUGGAAGAAGCAACGCUCGAAGCUGACUAUUCGAAGAGAAGGGUGCAAUCCUUGCAAGAAACCUGUCACAGGUCAUCCUUUGGGAUCAGAAGAUGGAUCCCCGGUACUUUCGAUAAUAGCAACGUGUGAGGGUAUGUUUUGGGGAAUAUUCCCCAUCAAAUCCCUCAGCAAUUGCUCCCCCUGCAGUAGUAUAUUAGGACUACACCCAACAUCGGUUCUUUACGAUCUUGUCGACCACGACAGCAUCGUGGCUUUCAUAUCAUUUCGCCUUGUCCUCGCUAUCGUAACUCUUCCGCUUAGUUACAGCGAUGGCUUGGGGAGAAUCGAUAUUGUGCGGUUUUACAGGAGUCGAUCACAGAAUGA